AAAAUGCUGAGCAAGUUGUUCCCGAGAGUGAAGGAAAAGUCCCUGGAAGAGACAGUGCAGUCGCGGGAUGCCUUUAUUUAUUUGAAUCGAGCAAUGUGGGGUCUUGGAUGGACAGAGGCAAACGAAAAGAGAUGGAAAAAUUUCUACUAUAUGUGGACCAUGUUCACAUCAUUGAUUUUCCUUAUCCUCCUGCCCAUGUCGAUGGUGACUGAGUACGUUCAAAACUUUAGAAACUUUUCGGCUGGCGAAUUUCUCAGUUCGCUUGAGAUUAGUGUGAAUAUGUAUGGAUGCUCCUUCAAAUCAGCCUUCAUAAUAAUGGGCUUCACAAAGUUCAAGGAGGCCAAAAAGAUCCUAGACAAACUUGACAAAAGUUGCCAAAGAGAUGAGGAAAAAGUGGGAGUCCGUCGAUAUGUGGCUUGGGGUAACUUAUGUUUUAUGAUUUAUCAGAUCCUUUUUUCCUUUUUCGUGGUCGUCAACGGCGCGGGCUUCAUGAUAAUGGGUCGUCAUGCCUGGAGAAUGUACCUUCCGUUUAUUAAUACCGACAAACACUUUUUCUUUACUAAUUUCGUGGAAUGGUUUCUGAUGGGUUCCGUCGUUCUCAUGGAACAAUGCACGGAUGUGAGUGCCCUAACCUACAUCCUGUUGGGUCGCUGUCACAUCACAUUGCUCAAGGAGCGCCUCACCAGACUUCGAAUCGAUCCCGACAAGAGCGAGGAAGAGCAUUGCAUGGAGUUGAACAAAUGUAUUCAGGAUCAUCGCUUAAUUUUGGACUAUUUCAACGUUCUGCGACCCGUUUUCUCAAAGACCAUCUUCAUACAGUUCUUACUUAUUGGUAUCGUCCUUGGCCUGUCGAUGAUCUAUAUCCAGUUCUUCGCCACCUUUUGGAUGGGAAUUAUCAAUUUAGUGUUUAUGUUCGACGUAUGUUUGGAGACUUUUCCAUUUUGUUACGUGUGCAACCUAAUCAUAGAUGAUUGCCAAGAGCUGGCCGACAGUCUGUUUCAAUCCAAUUGGAUGUCGGCCGAUCGUCGCUACAAGUCCACUCUAAUAUAUUUUCUUCACAAUCUGCAGCAACCCAUUGCUCUCACAGCUGGGGGAGUUUUCCCUAUUUGCAUGCAGACUAAUUUAUCGAUGGUCAAGUUGGCUUUCUCUGUCGUCACGGUUAUUAAACAAUUUAAUCUGGCUGAGAAGUUCCAGUAGGACAGGAGUCAAUAAUAAUCAACAAUAAUAAUAAAUCAUCAAAAUCGAAGUUACUUAAAUACACAUAAGUAUGUGACACAUGUAGGCACAUAAAUUAGAAAAUUGCAUGCAAUUAUCACUAUUCAAGUUCAGCUUUCAAUAAAGGAGCAAAAAAAAAAA